AUGUUUCCGUAUCGCAGCCAUUUUGAUGGAUCAACUAAUCAACUAUAUACGAGAUUCUAUUCGCCUGCAUCUUGUAUAGCUUUGCAUGGUUGGUUUUCUUUUCUAUUUCGCUAUGCAAGAACGCCUUCUGCGCUGCUAAUGCGUUUUCAACGGUCCAUGCACAGGAAAAAUAACAGCGGAGAAAGGUUAUCAGCUUGGAGAAUUCCUCGUUUUAUUUUCUUCUCCAUUACAGUUUCUCCAUUGCUUUUCAGUCGACCAUCUGGAAGUGAUGCUUUUCAGAAAUCUGCUGAUCCACGAUGGCACGUUAAGCCUUUCAAUGCACUUGAUCAGGUAUCCUGA